GUUCUGAAUGAAGGUAUGACAUUCCAGUUUCCUUCACUUGGAAUCAGACAUCCAGAGGUAAUAAAUUAGCACGCACUUGGCACGGCUGGGAGCGGGGUCUGGCUGUGGCAUAUUGUUUUUCUACAGAGCGGGAACAAUGGAGCACUUUUACAUCCUCCUUUGUCGGGCAAAAGGCAGAGUUUCUUUCUUAAUGAGCUUUCAGCAGCAACUACAUCAAUUGCAUGAGGAGGAACAGGAACCUGACAGCAAAGCACCCUGAACUGAGCUUAUUCAGAGGUGUGGACAUUGCCAGCGUCUCCAGCCAACUUGGAAUGAUCUGGGAGAUAAAUACAACAACAUGGAAAACCCACAGGUCUAUGUUGUUAAAGUGGAUUGUACUACAGACACUCCUCUGUGCUCUGAAUUUGGCGUCCGAGGAUACCCUACUUUAAAGCUGCUUAAACCAGGACAAGAGCCUCUGAAAUACCAAGGCCCUAGAGACUUCCAGACGCUGGAAAACUGGAUGUUGGAAAAACUAAAUGGGGAACCAUCUGAUUCAGAAUCUACUGUGGAACCACCAAAAGCCCCUGAACCUAAGCAGGGAAUGUAUGAACUCUCAGCAGACAAUUUCAAGACGCACAUAGCAGAAGGUAAUCACUUCAUCAAAUUCUUUGCCCCUUGGUGUGGUCACUGCAAGGCUUUGGCCCCAACUUGGGAACAGCUGGCUCUGGCCUUUGAACAUUCAGAAACUGUAAAGAUUGGCAAGGUCGACUGUACCCAGCAUUAUGAGGUCUGCUCUGAAAAUCAAGUUCGUGGCUAUCCUACACUCCUCUGGUUUAGGAAUGGUGAAAAGGGUGACCAGUACAAAGGGAAGAGGGACUUUGAUUCCUUGAAGGAGUAUGUGGAUUCCCAACUACAGAGCUCUGGGAAAGAACCACCAGCAAGUAAACCCACAGAAGCCCCACAGCCACCUGCAGAACCCACCCAGGCUGAGCAGGCUACAGUGCUUUCUCUCUCUGAAAAAGACUUUGAUGAAACCAUUGCUAGGGGAAUCACCUUUAUUAAAUUCUAUGCUCCAUGGUGUGGUCACUGUAAGAACUUGGCUCCGACUUGGGAGAGCCUUGCCAAAGAGCAAUUUCCAGGUUUGACUGAUGUCAAAAUAGCAGAAGUAGACUGCACUGUAGAACGUAAUGUCUGCAACAGAUUUUCUGUACGUGGAUAUCCUACGCUUCUGCUCUUCCGAGGUGGAAAGAAAGUCAGUGAACACAACGGAACGAGAGAUCUGGAAUCACUGCAUAGCUUUGUUUUGCGUCAGGCAAGGGAUGAGUUGUAAUAAAAGUCUCAAUGCUCUGUC